AUGGCGAAUGCGAGCUUUAAUAUACUUCGACCCCAAACUGCCUAUUCGAGCCUCAGAGGACCAAAUCCUCCGACAAGAGUCGAGAUUGACACGUCGCUACCGGUCGAGUCCGUGAAGGAGGCGUCAAGCCACUUCGACCGUGAGAUUCGUGCAUGUAAGCUCAUCAGAUUAUGGGUUUCAGAAGGGUGUCUAAAACCAAUCGGUGGAAAACGUUUGGCAGAAGAAUACCUACAGGACCUUGUGGACAGGAACCUUAUGACCACUGCUAUUGCUCUUGAAGACGCAAGAAAGGAGGUGAAAAUGUUGCAAGCUUUGACACGACACAACAAUUUGAUCCAGUUUUAUGAUGCUUUUGAAGACCACGACACUGUCUACAUUGCGAUGGAGUAA